AUGCGAACUCCUCUCUCAGUCAGGCAACUUAUCCGAGAGUGGAAUACUCGACAAGGAAAGCCUAAAGGAGUUGUGUUCCCUCGUCGAACUCUGGUCUUGUCCUGCCAUUACUGUACAAGGAAGUCAAAUCGUUCGACAGACAUUUCUCCGAAUGACUGCUCUCUGUUUGAUGGGGAGAAAGAAGGGUUUGUCGAUUUCCCGACGGACGAAGAAUUCUCCUCCGCCCUACAGAAUGCUGAAUCCGCACAGAUGAGACCACAGAACGUGCAAAAGUCAGUUCCCGAGCAAUCCUGCAAAAUGAAGGACGACAGCGAGGACCCUGAACUGCUGAGAAAUGACCAUUCCCACAGUCAAAUCAUGGCCAAGAUAUUCCAUGAGAAAUUUGGACUGAGAAAAUUCAGGAGAAAUCAACUUCAAAUCAUAAAUGCAGCCCUGUUGGGUUUUGAUUGUUUCGUCUUGAUGCCUACUGGGGGCGGGAAGAGUUUGUGUUAUCAAUUGCCUGCCAUUCUGAUGAAGGGGGUGACUGUAGUCAUCUCCCCCCUCAAGUCCCUCAUUCAGGACCAGGUGGCCAAGUUGCGAGCUCUCGACAGGGGGCUGAUUAAUUCGUAGAUUGUGGCCGUCAAUCUCUCGGGCGAACUGCCUGCGCAGACUCAGCGUGAGAUUUACACUGACUUGGAGGGGACGGGACUGCCCCGAACCAAACUCCUCUACGUGACCCCCGAAAAGAUAAGUGGGAGUGGUUUCCUGCUGAAAGUGCUUGACAAACUAUACAAACAAAGACAUUUGACCCGAUUUGUCAUCGACGAGGUGCACUGUGUUAGUCAGGUCAGUACAUUCCCUGAUUUGUAGUGGGGACAUGACUUUCGUCCUGAUUAUAAACGACUGUAUUUGCUCAGAGACAGGUUUCGGGGAGUGCCAUUCAUGUUGUUGACAGCCACGGCGACUGAGCGUGUGAGGAGUGACAUCCUUCACCAAGUCCACGUGAGUACUCCCAAAUGUUUCAAUCGUUCAAACCUCAAAUAUGAAAUAAGGCCUAAGCGUCCUUCUCAAAUAGUGAACGACAUUGUCCAACUGAUCCUCGACCGUUUCCACCACAAGGCAGGGAUCAUUUACUGUCUGCGAGAAUGUGAGACUGUGGCCGAGCGAUUAAACCAGGAGGGGAUCAGUGCUCGUGCCUACCAUGCGGGAUUGAGUGAUAAGUCGAGAGUGGAGUUCCUCAACAAAUGGAUGAACGACACAUGUCCUGUGAUGUGUGCCACAAUUGCCUUCGGGAUGGGAAUAGACAAGCCAGACGUCCGCUUCGUGUUCCAUUAUUCACUUCCGAGUUCUAUGGAGGGGUACUACCAGGAGUCCGGGAGAGCAGGAAGAGACGGCCUCACUUCCUGCUGCAUUUUGUUUUAUUCGUAUUCAGAUGUGGCGAGGAUUCGACGGAUUAUAGAGAGUAGUGGUUUUGUGGCAACCUCCCAGCUGAUGAGAGUUCUGACACCCAUUCAAAGAAAUUGCACAGGGACAACCUAUAUAGAGUUGUUCAGUUUUGAAUUGACUAAAGCGUGUAUAAAAAAGUAUGAAGAAUAUGUCGAAGUAAAAAAAAGAUAUGGAGAGGCAUGUCAAAGAAACUUGGAAUAUAUUGAGAAUCCUCCAAAAUCCGACCUGCCAGAGACCGGCGAAUCUUUGAAGCCUGAUAGUGCGGAUAAAUCCAAUUGA